AUGGAAAAAAUCAGCUUACAAAGUUCAUAUUCUUUUUUGAUAACUACACUCAUUCUUUUGGCCUCUUUUCACCAGAGCUACUGCUGCAAUUAUAAUACAUACAAUGAUGCAUUAAUUCCAAUUGAACAUCCUAUUUCUACAUAUACAAUCGAUCCUCUGAAUAACGAAAAUUUCUUUUCCUUUGGAUUUUGGAGUCUAGGCAUUCCAUAAUAAACAUUUAAGAAUUACCCUUAAGUUGUUUCAGAUUACCUUUAAUCUAUGCCACAAGAUGGACAAUUAUUAUUUUUAAUAUAGGGGAAGCAAUAAAAUUUAGUCUUGGGAUAUAUUUACAUGAACAUGUUAAGCAAACAAGUAAUAUAUAAAGUUGUCUUAUUUGGGAAUCCUAAUUAAAUUAUAGAAUUUCCAUAUACUCCAGUUCAAUUUGAAGAAGAGUGGAUUUUAAGUUUAUUCACAAUUAAAUUAGAUUAAGGAACAUUCACUGUAGAAAUGACAGGUUAAAUAAAAUAAAGUAGAAGUAUAUUAAAUGGCAUAAGCUAUGAAAGAAUAAUAAUUGGAGGACAAGGUUAUGUAAUGAAUAACAUUUAUAAUUUAGAUUGGUUAAGGAUUUAAUCUUAAUAUAUUCAAUGGCAGAUUAUCAAAGAUACAUAUGAGUUAUUAAAUUGAUGAUAUAUAAAAUAAAUUCAAAUACAUGAGUGAGAAUUGUAAAAUCCCACUUCCUUAAGAGGGAUAAUAAACUGUAUAUUUUAUUAAAGGAUUAAAAAUAUUUGAAGGCAGCUCAUCAUUGUUAUAUACAUUGAAUUAAUUUGGAAAUCGAUUUUGUUUAUCUGGAUGGGUGAAAUAUGAUGCAUCUAGAAUAGUAACAUACGCUAAAUACAAUUUGAUAAGGAUGAGUCUGUUUAAAAACUAUAAUUUUUAAACAAAGUAUGGAGAUGAAAUAUUUUAAAUGUUAACAUAAAUUAAUAAAGCAAAUCCUAAAGGAACUUAUGUCUCUGUAAUUGCAGAUGAUCGAUUAAUGCCUAUAAUGGGUAAAAAUGACUAUAAUAUAAUAAUUCAAAGAGUAGCACUAUUUUCUGAAUAUUCUUAUAGACAUUUCAUAGGAUUACAAUAAUGGCAUUUUAUUAAAUAUGAAUAUGGAUCAAAAUUAUAAGGAAAAAGAAGUUCAGUUUAAAUUUAAUUCUUUAAUGAUUUAGGUUUAAAAGAAAUUACUUUUAAUAAUAUAUCUCCAAUUAAUUCACCUUUCUAUAUAAAUAUAGGAGCAGAUGAUUUCUAGAAAGAUAUCCUUUAAGCUUCAAUUUUUGAUUUUAAAUUUGAAUAUAAUUAUGAAGAUGACAAAUAAAUACUGUUUAAAGGUUUGAUUAUAAAUAUAUAAUUAGCUUGCCAUUAUUCUUGUUAAACAUGUAGAGGACCACUUGAAAAUAAUUGUAUCACAUGCAAUUCAUAAUCACAUAGAUAUUAUUUAGAGGAAAUAAGCAAAUGUGAAUGUUAAUAGGGAUAUAUAAAUGUAGUAGAUGAAAGUAAUUGUGUAGAUUUCUCUUAAAUAUUUCCAUUAAUAAAAACCUAAGAAGUUCUUCAUUAUGAUGAAAUCUAAUGUUAAUUUGGUUAUUUCAUUUUACCAAAUAUUGGAUUCUCUGCAUAAUGUGUUAAAUGGUAUUAAUUUAAAUUAUGAAGUCCAUAAUCUAAUUUCUUAAAUUUGUUGUGUGUUGACUGUCUCUAUUCUCCAUAUACUUGGUACUUAAAGCCUAUUUGUAAAUUUGAUUUGAUUUCAGCAAAAGAAUCUUUGAAUAAUGCAUUUUCAUAUGUUGAAAGAGAUCAAAUUAAUUAUGAUUUAUAUUUAGUUGAUAAUUAAGGGGAAAUCAAUUUACAUAAAGGUAUCUUAGAUUUUUGUGAAAUGGAAUCAGAUUCACCUGAUUGUUUUAAGGCUGCACAUAAACAUCUAAAUUAAACAAUUUUUAUUAAAUGUAAGCCAAAUUACUUUCAAUUUAAUGGAAAUUGUAUGUAGGUAAAUCCUUAUUGUCUCAAAGCUUCAAUUGAAGGGAAAUGUUUAUAAUAUUAAAAUGGAAUGUAUUGGAAGAAUGAUUAAUUAUAUUAAUGUCCUAAUAAUUGUGAAUUAUGUUAUUAUAAUAAGGAAAUUUAAAAUCCUUAUUGUUAAUAAUGUAAAGAGAAUUUCACCUUAGAUAAUGGGUAAUGUAUUCAAUGUGGUAAUUAUUGCAAAGUUUGUCAAAAAUAUUAUGAUCCCAUUAAUCAAAAUAGUUAUUUUAGAUGUUAUAAAUGUUUAGAUGAUUCUAAAUACUUUAUUUCAUUUGAUGCAAUUAAUUGUUAAUAAAAUACAAUUAAAAAUUGUAUAUAUGCUUUUCAAACUUUAUCAAAUAAUUUUCAAAUUAAUACUCUUGAUGUAUCAUUUAAACCUAGAAAUGAUUGGAAUAAUAUCAAGAUAUCUUGUGCAUUAUGUAAUCUACAAUAUGGAGUAAUUCUUGAUUAAAGUUUAUGUAUAUCAAUGCAUGAAGUUACAUGUCAAUUCUCUGUUGUUCAAAAGAUUGUUGAUAUACCCAUGGAUGAUAACAUCUUUUACACAAUAUUAGAUUAUGAUUAUUAUACAACACCUUCAGGUGAAUAAAUUACAUUUGGCUUUUUAGAUGAUGGAAAUAUUAUAUUAACAUCAUAUUAAUACUGUAUAAUUUCAGAGAGAUACUUUGUUUAAUAAGAUAUAGAAGUUGUUUAAUUCACAGAAAAAUGCUCAGGAAAUGUGAAAUAUUGUGAAGUUUGUUUAAAGGAUAGAACUUAUAUUUGGGGUGUGACUUAUGAUUGUCUUGAAUGUGAAAAAGGAUAUUAUGCAGAUAGAGUAUCAGGUAAAUGUUAUCAAUGUCCUCAAGAAUUAAAUUGUUAUAAAUGUUAAUCUCAAUAAAAACUAUAUAAAGAUAGAUGGAAAAAUAAUGUAAGAGCCUUUUAUAAUGUGGUUAUUCAAAAGAAUACUGAACAUACAUUUAGAUAAUAUGGAUAAAGUGAUAAUUAUGAUGAUUAUGAAAUAGUUUGUUCAGAGUGUUAAAUUGGAUAUGAAUUAAGAAAUGAUAAAUGUAUACUUGCUUGUCCUGAAUCAUGUUUAGAAUGUUAGUACAUAAAUGAUUAAAAUUAAUGUAUCAAAUGUCCAAAAAAUUAAAAAGGAAGAAAAUUAAGUUUGUCUUAAAAUUAAUGUAUUGAUUGUCCAUAAAAUUGUUCUUUAUGUCGAUUAAGAUCAAAAGAUGAAAUAAGAAGCAUUAAUCCAUUAUUUGACAAUAAUGAUUAUAUUUCAUAUACGUAUCAAUGCUUAAAAAGCUUUAAUGAUGCUGAAUACUAUUAUGAAUAAGAAUAGGGUAUAUUCAUAUAAUGUUCUAAACAUCAGUAUUGUAAUUAUGAAUUCAUUCUUACUUUCAAUCUUUAUUGUUCAGAAUUAGAUUAUGAAUCAGCAUUGAUUUCGUUAUCAUCAUAAUAUGAAUAAAACUUAUUUAAAUAAUAAAAUCUAUUAUUAUCAGAUUUAAUAUCAGGAAAUAGUUUUAAGGAGGUAUAUAUAAUAGUCAUUAUAAUUAGUUUGAAAAAGAUUUAUUCUAUCAAUAAGCCAAUUAAAUAUCAAUAAGAACUAUUAUACUAAAUAUAUCAAGUGUAAAAGAAUAAAUUUGUAAAAUACCUUCAAAUGGAAUAAUUUAAUAGAUUUUUAGUAAAAAUAUUUUUACAACAAUGUAAAUAUUACCAAUAUUAAUUUAGAAAUGUUGAAAUAACAAUGAAUUUCAACAAUAAUACAAUUAUAGAAUUUGAAAAACCACUAAAAUUCUUAAAUUUUAAUAAAAUCACUAUAUAAGGAGCAAUCUUACAUCCAAUUAUUAAUGACAAAUUAAAAUAAAUUAUAUUUGAUAGUGUAUUUCCUUAAACUAUCCUACUUUAACACAUUGUUUAUUAAUAAUUAUCAAAUGUAAAUGAUUAAUCAGCUAUACUUUUUAAUAAUGUUAAAAAUUUAGUAUUAGAUAAUUUCAAAAUAAUUGGAUUAGUUUAAAAUGAAAUACAGAAGUUUAUUGAGAUUUCAGAAACAUUGAAUUAAAAAUCUAUUACAUUCUUGAAUUUCUAACUAAUUAAUUCAUUUUUGUAAAAUUAAAUCACUAUAUUCUGCCACCUAAACAAAAAUGAUACCAUUAAUAUUGAUAAUUUAAUUGUAAACUCUAAAUUUAAUAAUUCUACUUUGAUAAAAACAGGGUAAUAAUAAUAAUUUGGUCUUCUUUAAAUGAAUAAUGCUAAUUUUGAAAUUAAUGUACUUGAUUGUUUAUUUUUCUUAAACCUUUAUUCACUUAGAUAAAUUAAAAUUAAAUAAAUGAAAAUUGAAAAUUCUGAUAUUUAAAACUCAACAUUAGUUAUUUUAAAUAAUAAUAAUAAUAUAGAUAAUUUCAUAAUUUAAUUAAGUAGAUUUAGAGAGAAUAGUUAAGCAAUAAUGAAUUCUAAUCAACUAUCUUUGGAUAAAUUAUUAAUAAAUUUAUCAAAUAUUAUACUUCAAUUAAAUGAAUAUCAUUAAUCUACAAAGUUUAUAUCAUUUUAGAAAUACAACAAUAAUCAAUCUUAUAUAGAAAUAAAUUAAUUCAAAAUAAUUAAUAACUAUAUAUCAUAGAAUACACCUGAUAAAAUAAUGAACAUUCAAUACUCUGCUCUUAUUUAUCUAUAACUUGAUAUAAUCACUAUUGUUGAUUUAGAAUUAGUUAGAGGUUAUGGUUUGAUUGAUUUAAGUAUAAAUAAUGUCCAAAAACUAAAAAUAAAAUCUAUCAGAAUAUCUUAAGGUCAUUAGUAUAAAUUUUUAGGUCUUCAUUAAUUUAUGGAUUGCUAAUUAUAAUAAGUUAAAGGAGAAUCUUAUCUGCAAUCACUCUUUAUAUCAUCAGUAAUUGAUCUUGAAAUUGAAGAUUUAAUUAUAAGAUCUGCUUAAACAUAUAAUUCUCCAAUUUUAUACUAUAAAUCUUCGGAAAAGAUUAAAUAAUAAUAAUUCGAAAUAAUUUUAUUAAGUGAUGUUAUUAUAGAAUCCAACUUAUUGCUUUUAACAAAUUAGAAAUUUCAAACAGCAAUUCUCUUUUUUGAAUCUGUUUAAGAAACUACCUUAUAAUUUUCAAACAUUACUUUUUAUGGAAAUGUAUUACAUGAAUAUCUCUAAAAUAACCUCCAAACUUCGGCUUUACUUUUAAAUUUGAAUUGUAUCUUAGGUACCAUAAUAAUUAGUGAUACAAUAUUUAAUAAAAAUAUAGUAUUAAACAGUACUGAUAGUAUUAUAUACAUAAAAAGUGAGAAAUUAUUAUUUCAUAAUUGCACUUUCUCUGAGAAUAGUCUAUUUAAUUAUGCAAUAUUAUAACCUUAUUUAUUAUGGGGAUUCUUAGACUCUUAAGCAGUAUACUAAAAAGAAUUAAGUUAAAUAUUUAGAGUAAAAUCUUAAUCUGGAAAUGGAAAACUAUUAGUUGAACAUCUUGAUAUAUAAUUUUGUAUAUUUGAAUAAUCUAUAGGAUAUUCAGGUGGAGCAUUAUUAAUUGAAGCUCAAAAGAAUAGCAUUAUUAAUAUUGUUAAUAGUUAAUUUAGUAAUAUUUCAACUGAGUUUUAAAGAGAACUGGGAUUUGGUGGAUCUAUAUUUUUAGAUGGUACUUCAUCUUAAUCAUUAAAUGUAUCUUUUUAAGAAUUAAUUAUUCAAAAUAUUUAAGCUUAAGAAUAAGGUGGUUUCCUAUAUAUAAUGACAGGGACUUCAUAAGUUUAGAUUUAUUUAAAUAAAUUAACUAUAUAAAAUGUAUAUGCCAAAAUUGGAUCUAUAAUUUAUGCAACUUUUUCUGCUCUUUAAUAAUCAUCAUAGUAGAUUGAAUUUAAUGAAAUAUCAAUCAAAAAUACAUAAGAAGAAUUUAUAAACUAUUUGAAUUAAUAUACAUUACUCUCAAAAUCUGAAGAAAUACUAUUAAUUAAUAAUAGAGUGUUAUUUUUUAUUAAUUUUGCAUAAAAAGUUAGAUUUACAAAUAUUAAAAUUGAAAAUAUCUUUCUUGAAUCUGCUCUUUCGAUCUUUUGCAUUACAGAAAUCUCAAUUUAAAAAUUAAUUAUAUCUAAUAGUUUAAUUAAUUCGAAUCUAAUUAAAAUAUCUGCAAAUACAUGUAAUUAAUAUAUUAUUCAUUAUUAUAGAUUAAAAUUAAAUUUUAUAAUUAAGUGAUAUAUAAAUAUCAAAUAUUACUACAGUUUUCAAAUAAACUAGUUAUAAUUGUGAAUUAAAUUACAUAGAAGAAAUCCCUAUAUAAUUUGUUUGUAUUCAAUAAUCAGCUCCUAUUAAUUUAAUCGAAUAUUUUAGAAAUAGAUCAAUUACUUAUGGUGAAUGCAUACUUUCAUUAAUAAAAGAGAAAAAUGAUUAGAUAAUUAUAGAUGAUAUAAAUUAAGGAUUAAUUUAAUUCCUAGAUCUUAUUGAAUAAACAACAAUUAAAUUAUAUUAGAUAGAAUUAGUAAGAAUAAACUGUAAGUAUUGUUUAAAGGGAUUAAUAUAUUUUAAUUUUUAAAAGAUCACCAAAUUAUUAUAGAAAUAAUAUUUAGCAAAUAUUAUGAUAUCUAAUUCUAUUUGUGGAAGAUAAGGUUGUAUAAAUAUUGAAAAAAGUAAUAUUAAUAAAAGAAGAUUGUUAUAAACUUAAGAGAAAUACAUUUAAUAAUUGCAAUUAGAAUUCUUAAUAGAUAAUUAUCUUUGUUAAUAUAAUUCUGGAAUAAAUGGAACAUGCUUAUAUAUAUCCAAUGUUAAAGUAGAAAUGUAGAAUUGUCUUUUUCAAUAUAAUUAAGCAUAUUAAACAGGAGGAGCUGUAUAUAUUUAAGAAAAUGAGGAUAUUUUAAUAAUCAAUAGUUGGAUACUAAAUAAUUAAGCUAAGAUUGGAGGUGGAUUGUAUUUUGAAAAUUCUCAUGAUUUAAAUUAUUAAGGACUCUAAACUAAAAUUAGUAAUAAUUCAGCAACAUUUUAUGGAAAUGAUAUUGUUUCAAUACCUUAGAAACUUACAUUAGCAUAAUUUGAUAAAAUGACAUUAUUAGAAACUGUAGAAAUUAAAGAAAAUGAUAAUCUUCUAAUAGAAUAAGUUUAAUAAAUAACAUAAUAAAUUCCAUUUAUUAAUUACAUUAGACUACCAAGUGGAUAGAAGAUAUUUAAUUAUGUUAAAUUUAAUAAAAAUACUCGAUCAUAUGAACCUUUAAAUUAAAUAUUNUUUGCAUUACAGAAAUCUCAAUUUAAAAAUUAAUUAUAUCUAAUAGUUUAAUUAAUUCGAAUCUAAUUAAAAUAUCUGCAAAUACAUGUAAUUAAUAUAUUAUUCAUUAUUAUAGAUUAAAAUUAAAUUUUAUAAUUAAGUGAUAUAUAAAUAUCAAAUAUUACUACAGUUUUCAAAUAAACUAGUUAUAAUUGUGAAUUAAAUUACAUAGAAGAAAUCCCUAUAUAAUUUGUUUGUAUUCAAUAAUCAGCUCCUAUUAAUUUAAUCGAAUAUUUUAGAAAUAGAUCAAUUACUUAUGGUGAAUGCAUACUUUCAUUAAUAAAAGAGAAAAAUGAUUAGAUAAUUAUAGAUGAUAUAAAUUAAGGAUUAAUUUAAUUCCUAGAUCUUAUUGAAUAAACAACAAUUAAAUUAUAUUAGAUAGAAUUAGUAAGAAUAAACUGUAAGUAUUGUUUAAAGGGAUUAAUAUAUUUUAAUUUUUAAAAGAUCACCAAAUUAUUAUAGAAAUAAUAUUUAGCAAAUAUUAUGAUAUCUAAUUCUAUUUGUGGAAGAUAAGGUUGUAUAAAUAUUGAAAAAAGUAAUAUUAAUAAAAGAAGAUUGUUAUAAACUUAAGAGAAAUACAUUUAAUAAUUGCAAUUAGAAUUCUUAAUAGAUAAUUAUCUUUGUUAAUAUAAUUCUGGAAUAAAUGGAACAUGCUUAUAUAUAUCCAAUGUUAAAGUAGAAAUGUAGAAUUGUCUUUUUCAAUAUAAUUAAGCAUAUUAAACAGGAGGAGCUGUAUAUAUUUAAGAAAAUGAGGAUAUUUUAAUAAUCAAUAGUUGGAUACUAAAUAAUUAAGCUAAGAUUGGAGGUGGAUUGUAUUUUGAAAAUUCUCAUGAUUUAAAUUAUUAAGGACUCUAAACUAAAAUUAGUAAUAAUUCAGCAACAUUUUAUGGAAAUGAUAUUGUUUCAAUACCUUAGAAACUUACAUUAGCAUAAUUUGAUAAAAUGACAUUAUUAGAAACUGUAGAAAUUAAAGAAAAUGAUAAUCUUCUAAUAGAAUAAGUUUAAUAAAUAACAUAAUAAAUUCCAUUUAUUAAUUACAUUAGACUACCAAGUGGAUAGAAGAUAUUUAAUUAUGUUAAAUUUAAUAAAAAUACUCGAUCAUAUGAACCUUUAAAUUAAAUAUUUAGAAUUAUUGCAUAAAGUCGAAAUAAAUAAAUAAUGAAAAAUCUUAGAAAUACAUUUUGUACAAUAGAAAGUAGAAAGUUGAAUUUAUCUAAUAAUAAUAAUAAUGAUGAUGUUGUUUUCUCUAAUAAUCUUACUAAUAUUUAAAAAGUUUUAUUUAAUGAAUCUACCUAAGAUUAUAAUUUAGAUGAUUUGAUUGUUUAUUUUGAUAAUAAAUUACCAUCAAAUAUUGUAUUAUAAUUAUAAUUUUGGUGUAAUUCAAUUAGUAUCCCUAUAUAUAAUAAAGAAUAUCCAUAUAAUAUACUCAAUAAACAUUCUAAUUAUAAAUUAAGAGUCAAUAUCAAAACAUAUGAUUGUUAAUAUGGAGAAAUUAAAAACUAUACAGACUUUUCAUGUAUUCCAUGUAAUAGUGAAUAAGCAUUAUUUUCAUUAACAAUUAAUUCUUAGAAAUGUGAACUCAAAGAUGAUAUUUCAACAAUCAGUGUCCAAUCUGCUUUAUUAAAUUUAAAACCUGGAUAUUGGAGACCUUAUUUUGAAACUAAUAAAAUAAAUUAUUGCAUAAAUAAACCUGAAAAUUGUUUAGGAGGAUGGAUUGAAGGAGAUCUAUCAUGUCUUAAAGGUCAUAUAGGAGCUUUAUGUGAAGAAUGUGAUUUAUAUGCAAUUAAGGAAGAAGGUCCUUUUUCAACUAGUUCAAAAUAUUCAUGUGUCUCUUGUUAAGAAACUUCAAGAAAUUUUAUUUUAAUUAGUUUCGUAACUUUAUGGUAUUUAUUUAAUGUUUAAAUUAAGGACUUUGAUAUCAAUUUUCAUUUCAGUAUAAAGUAAUCUAAGAUCUAUCAAAUAAUCCAUUAGAGUUACUAGUAUACUCCUUAUUAAAAUAGCAGCAAUAUAAAAUAGAAAUUAAUCAGCUGUUCUAAUUAAAAUGUUAACUAAUUAUUUAUAAAUUAUGGCUUCUAUUGCUACAUUUAAAUUGAAAUUACCAAUCGAAUUUUAAAGUACUAUUAAUACAGCAGGAUCACCAGUUUAAACUAUGACAUAUUCAAUGGAUUGUUUUUUAUCUAGUCUUUUUUCAUUUGAAAUACAAUAUGCUAGAAUGAUUUGGUAAAUUAUAAUGCCAUUUGUAUAUAUCAGUUUCUUUUUUACAUGCUAUUUGUUAGCUAUUAAAUUUAAAUUUACUAGUUAUAAUAAAAGUGUCAUUACAACAACUAUUAUAUAUAUGUACAUCUGUUUACAAACAAGUUUAGUUGGAGGAUUUGCUCAACUUAUAUCUUAUAGAAAUAUAUCAGGAUAUUAAUGGAUUUAAGCAAAUGUUUCUUAAAGAUUUGAUACUCCUUAUCAUUAUUAAUGGAUUCUUUAAUUUUGUUUACCUAUGCUUAUUAUUUUAUCAAUUGUAAUUCCUUCUUAUUUUUUAUAUGGACUUCGUAGUAAUUCUGCAAAUUUAGAUAAAAAUUAAGUGAAAUCAUAAUGGGGUUAUUUAUACAAUGAAUAUACAUAUUAAGCAUAUUUUUGGGAAUUGAUAAAAAUUGCAUAAAAGUAAUUGAUGAUGAUUUGUUUAAUUUAUUAUGAUGAUAAUGUAAUCUUAAAAGCUACUAUGAUUGCACUAAUAAUAGGAAUUUAUUUAGAAUUAAGUUUGAAAUACAAACCAUAUAAUCGAAAUUAACUUAAUAAAUUAGAUUGUUAGACUAUGAAUGUAUGCUUGGCAACAAUAAUUUUAGCAGCUGGCAUUUAUAUUUCAGAGUAAACCUAUGUAUAUGAAGUAAAAAUUCCUUAUUUUGUAUUAAUUGCUAUAAUGAAUAUAUCAAUUUCUUAUAUUUUGAUAUCUAAAAUUGUAGUAGAAUACUUCAAAAAGGCAGGUAUCAAUAUUGAAAAAAUUGAAAAAGUAAAACAAUCUAUUAGAUAACAUUUUCCAUUUCUUAAUCAAAUUCCAUUCAUAUCUAAAUUAUUAGAAGAUCGUAGAGAAUAAAGAAAAAGAAUAUAACAAUUAUAUAUGAAAUUAAAGUAAUUCUUAUUACCAUAAGCUAAAGAGAUUAUAGCAUUUAAGAUGUCUUAAUUAAAAUAAGACAGUCAAAGAAAUUUAGAAUUAUAAAUUCACACAAAUUAAUUAAGUUUAAGAAGUCUAAAUCAUGCCAAAGACUAAGAAUAUUUCUUUAGAGAAUCUAUGAAAUAAUCUUCAUUAAAUACUUCUAAACAUGUUGUAGAAUCUACUGUUUUCGAUAAAACGUAUUUAAAUAUCUAUAAUAGAAAUUUCAAACGAAACGAAUAAUAGAAGGCUAAAUAUGAUUUAAUCCAGAAAAAAAUGACUUAAACUUAAAUAAAUAGUAAUCCAAAUAAUAUUAAAGAUAAUAAAGAAUAUUGA